UAAUGAAAGUGACUGAGAAAAAAUGAAGGAGAAAUUCUGAGCAAAAUCAUGUGGGAGUACAACCCAACAAUGCCGGUGCUCGAGUCUAUUCCGCAAUUGUGCUCAUAUUUGACCUCAUCAUGAUCUUUGUGCAGUGGACCUAUUUUGUAUUUGAGGGCAUCUACCUACUUUUCAAGCCACCGGAAGAAAAAUCUGUGGUGGGGGAGAUUGUCCUGAUAACAGGAACUGAUCAUGGGAUUGGCAGGGAAAUGGCACUCCAAUAUUCAGCACUGGGAGCCACAGUUGUCUGCUGGGACAUCAAUGAGGAGGGAAAUAAGGAAACUGUGAAAGAAAUUUGCUCCCGUAAAGGAAAAGCCCAUGCAUUUGUGUGUGACGUCUCGAAGCGUGAGGAGAUCAUUGAGGUGGCCAAGAAGGUUAAAGCGGAAGUCGGAACUGUGACGAUCUUGGUCAAUAAUGCCGGCAUCAUGCCCUGCCAUCCUUUCCUGCAGCAUACCGAUGCGGAAAUCCGCAAAAUCUUCGAUAUUAAUAUUUUGGCGCACUUUUGGAUGAUGCAGGCCUUCCUCCCUGACAUGAUCGCCAAACGUCAUGGUCACAUCGUUUCACUUUCAUCCAUGGCGGGAAUUGUUGGACUGCAAAAUCUUGUGCCAUACUGCGGAUCCAAAUUUGCUGUUCGUGGACUCACCGAAGCCAUCAAUGAGGAAUAUCUCUACGAACGUUCAUGCAUUCGAAUAAUGUGA